AUGUCCAAAAAGCUCUCCAUGGAUCAGGCAACUGCCUUGCAGGCCGAGGUUCAGCAGGAGCUCGAGCGGCGCGAGUGGGCUGAAGCAGGCGGUACGUCGAGCUCGAAGGUCACAGUGCUGAUUAACAGACAAUGUGAUGGCGGAGUGCAGACGGAGAUGGAUGACCACUUCGAUGCCUCGUUCCUCGACUGGCUGUUCACGCGGUACGAGGCGAUGCUGAAUCAAGGCUCGCCGGCUGCCCCCGUCGACGCUCCUGCCGCCGAGCCAGCGGCUCCUCCGGCCGCUGCCCCCCAGUCCGCCGAGCCCUCGUCCGGUGCUGGAUCCCGAAUGUUCGCCUCCGCGGUGGAGGGUACCAAGCGUAAGGCUGAGGGUGAGCACGAGCGCCGGCGGCUCCCCGAUGGACCACUCGGCGCGCCUGCAUCUGCGCCGACCGGUCCCCGCAUGGGUGGACAGGGUCGCAACCUCGCCGACCGACUGGGUCCCCGGGGCCAGGCGCCGAUGCGCGGCAACGGCGUGAACAUCCGGGGACGCGGUGGACACACGAACCAGCCCUACCGACCGCAGCAGCAGCAGCAAGGCUUCGGCAUGGGUAUGGGCGUGCCCGGCAUGCAAGGGCAGCAGGAGAUGAUGAUGCAGAUGAUGGCGAUGCAAGCCAACAUGAUGCAGAUGGCCGAGCAAAUGCAGUCGAUGCAGCAGGGCCAGAGCCAGCGAGGCGGACGACCCACUCGUGGCGGAGCACCGGCGCACACCCCGCACAAGGCGAUCUCGAAGCCGGUGGCAGGCGCUAAGAGCGGCCCGAUCCCCGACAGGCCGACCUCGACGGCACUCUGCAAGUUUGGCGUCGGAUGCAACAACGCGCGGUGCACGUACAGCCACCCGUCGCCGGUCGCGGACGAGAAGACAGGCAUGGUGUUGAGCGAGGAGGCGUGCCCUGCGGGUAAGAACUGCAAGGACGCCGAGUGUGUUAAGAGCCAUGUCUCGCCUGCCGCUGUUCUUGGUGAGGGCGCCGGCCCGUCCCGUCUUCUCUGCAAGUUCCAGCACUGCACGAACCCCUCCUGUCAGUUCCGCCACGAGGAUGCCAACGGCAACCCGAUCGCGCCGCCGGCGCUUUCGAACCCUGCUCCCUCGGCUGAGGCCUCCAAGCCGAGCCUCGAUUCAGCGCUCGACGAUAGCAAGGUGGAGCGCCCCUGCCGUUAUGGUGAGAGGUGCACCCGCGCCGACUGCAAGUUCACCCACCCCGCCAGCCGCCCGACACCGAAGGGCGGCAAGCCUGCUGGAGGCAAGCCGGCGGGAGGUUUCAAGAACAAGGCGGCGCGCACGGACGACGCUAUCAGCGGCGACAUGGGACCAAGCAAGAAGUUCGGACUCAACCCGAACGCGGGCGAGUUCAAGCCGAAGGAGGACGACAUCCAGGUCACCAUGUGA